AUUAAAAAAUCCAGUAGUAUUCUUUUCAUUGUGCUUUCGGCCGCUUGCCCUUGAAAUCCCUUCCCCUUCUCAUCGCCGCCACCACGUAGAUUCGUGGAUAACAGAAACUGGAAUUAUCGACUGCAAGCAUGAGAAAUCGUAACGAGAUUCCAAAUGUUUUACGAAAACAUGAUUCUCGAGCACUUCUCGAGUACGAAAAAAUAAUUGGAGAGUACAGUAGGUCGAUAAAAGAUGGCGCGCAACGUUCUUCCGGGGCUAAAACAUUCGCCGAAAAACAUGCGGACCGGAUGAAACGGUUACGGGAGUUGCACUCAAAGAGAAACGAAGCGAGACAACAAAAUCACAAAGAAGUCGUGGAGGAAGACAAAAGACAAAAAUUACCCACAAAUUGGGAAGCCCGAAAGCGUCAAGCAGAAUGGCUCAUGGCAGAUGAUGCUGCUCGAAAAGCAGCUGAAGAAAAGGGUCUCAACUAUGAUCGUCAAAAACUCCUGCACAUCGAGGCAAGCGAAGCAGAGCGUUUGAACAGGAAAAAAAAGAAAAAAAAUCCAGACACAGGUUUUGCAGAUUUUGAACAAGCAACGACGAGACAGUACAAUCGUUUAGUCAAGGGUAUCAAGCCAGACAUGGAAAAAUAUGAUGCGGCUCGAGAGAAGCUCGGAGCUGCCUUUUACGGAGACCGUAAUACGAUUUUGCAGGGAUUGCAAGAAGACAAGAAAGAAUCUAUCGACCGAAUGGUCGACGAUCUUGAAAAACAGAUUGCAAAACGAGAGAAAUACAGUAGAAGAAGAACGCACAACGACGAUGCUGACAUCGAUUACAUAAACGAGAGAAAUGCAAAAUUCAAUUCGAAGCUGGAACGGUUUUAUGGAGAAUAUACGCGCGAAACGAAACUCAAUCUGGAGCGAGGAACAGCAAUUUGAAUAUCCAAUUCUCUAUUUUUAUGGUGUUUCACAGCCAUACACGUUCGAAUUAUGUAAAGAAAAUUUUCAAUAGGAAAUUAAACAAUUGAGAAUCUAAUUUCACGAGUACACAAUAAUAAUUUGUCGAAAUAUUUCUUUAAUAAUACGAAAAUAACUUUUUUGUAGUUCAUUUGACCUUUCGACAAAGCUAUUAAAAUGUCAAAUAAAAAAUUUAAUUACAAUAUA